GAGGAACUUUCGAGUUUGUUUAUCAUGAAACCUUCCAUCGACAAAACAUGACUGCCAACAAAUUGUCUCUUCCAGCGCAAGAAAAUGGCGAUCUCAGACAUUCUAUGCCUCGAUGUCUUUCUGACACCAGAGUCGAUGAAGCCUUCUCUGCUCAUGGGCAAAGUGGACAUCGAUUUGUCCGAAAAACUUUCACUCGUCCGACAUAUUGCAAUCAUUGCACGGACAUGCUUUGGGGUUUUACGAACCAAGGACUGAUUUGUGAAGGAGCCAGUUGCUCACAGUUGGAGUGGUCCAUCUUUCUUUCGGCGAAGGUUUUGCUGCAUUUGUAGAAAGAGACUUGAAGAUCAUGUGGCUUUCAGGUGUCAAGUUUGUUACUAUUUUGUUCACGAGGAGUGUAAAGAGUUCAGUGUUAGUGACUGCAAGAAGUGUGCUUCAUAUGUACCUCACAUACAGAAGCAAUCUGUGCGGCAAGCUCAUCAUUGGAGAGAAGGAAAUCUACCACCCAAUGCAAAGUGUGUGCACUGUAAACAAACUUGUGGGAGUGUGGAGUGUUUGGCAAGUGUCAAAUGUAGCUGGUGUGGACAGAUG